AUGUCUUAAUAUUCAUAUUCCUAAUCGUUGAAGAUUAUGUUGAUACCAUACAUAAUCGUUGGAAUAUUGUGGUUUCCAUUGACUGUGAUGAUUGAGCAACAUUACGAUUCAAUUUUGAUUUCAUAGUUUCUUGUGAUUCAAAUAACAACAGCUUUCUUAUUUUUGAUAGGCCUAUAUUAUAACAAUACAUCAAUUUAUGAUAUUUAUUGGAAGGUAGCUCCAAUGUUUUUUGUAACAUAUUGGUCGAGGGGAUCUGGAAACAUAAUUCUGCCUUUCCUUGUAUUCUUCUACUGCAUCAAGCAAAAUUAUACAUAUUUUAGAUUCUGGCCAGGUUUAUAAUACGAAGAUUAUCGAAAUGUGGCAGUCAAAUAAUAAUAUCCAAAUCCUUUUGUUUUCUGGCCAAUUAUUUAUUUGGGCUUUGAAGUCGUACCCUCGAUAAUGAUCUUUUUAGGUCAUUUGCCCCUCUAUUAUGUGUUCACCUCAUAAAACCCAUGUACUUUUUGUUAUAAUUUUUCAAUCAUAUUUACAAUUUCAGCAAUAUCGAUUGAAUUAAUAGCUGACUAUCAACUCUUUCCUUAUAGAUCUAAGUAGCUUAAGGGUGAUUGUGACGUUGGACUUUGGAGAUAUUCCAGACAUCCAAAUUAUUUUGGAGAAUGCAUGUAUUGGUGGGGACAAUAUUUAUGUCAAUUGUCAUUUGGCUUUGAAAAUGUUUGGACCAUUGUGGGAGCUGCCGCUAUUUAGGCAUUAUUUUCAUUUUAUUCGAUCCCAGAUAUGGAAAGUCAUUUGUUAAAGAAGAGAGAGAGUUAUUAAAAUUAUAAAAGGAAGGUUGUUAGUUCAUUUGUGCCUUGGUUUAGAAAGGAGAAUUGA